AUGAAGAUUCGUAUAGCUAAUCAUAUUGAAAUAUUUUUAAAACAAAUAUCAAAUUUAAAAACUUUAACAAUAUUAUCUUUUUCUAAUAAUAUGUGUAAUGCUCAACAUUGGCAAGAAUUAAUUACAUCAUCAUUACAAUAUUUAUAUGAUUUUAGAUUUGCAUUUUGUUAUUAUUAUGAAAAUCAAAUAAAUGAAUUUAUUGAUAAAUAA